AUUGUGUCCAUUGUUAGGACUGCAGAUGAGCCUUUUAUUUACCCGGAAGUAUUUGGUAUUUUUCGCGCAACGUUUUCAGUCCGAAAGAUAAAUUGUUCCUCAUUCAUUCAGAACAUAAAUAACACCAAUUCACAAACAUGAGUUUGCUGAAUAAACCCAAAUCUGAGAUGACUCCAGAAGAGUUGCAGAAACGAGAGGAGGAAGAAUUCAACACUGGACCACUGUCUGUGCUCACCCAGUCAGUGAAAAGCAACACACAAGUCCUCGUCAACUGCCGCAACAACAAGAAGCUACUGGGACGAGUCAAAGCCUUCGACAGGCACUGCAACAUGGUGUUGGAGAAUGUGAAGGAGAUGUGGACAGAGGUCCCGAAGAGUGGCAAGGGGAAAAAGAAGUCCAAGCCAGUGAACAAGGACCGGUACAUCUCUAAGAUGUUUCUGAGAGGGGACUCUGUCAUUGUUGUGUUGAGGAACCCUCUUAUCACUGGGACUGGGGGGAAGUAGACUGACAUCUCACCCAAAGGCUGUACCACACUGGGUCGUAUUAAUUAGUACACACCAUCCCUCCCCGUUUUGGUCAGUUUUCUUCUGUUUGGUUUCUAGUGAAUACUACCCUGCUUUAGCUGAGAAACUGCAAGAGCAGGGCCAUGUUCAUCAGGACACAAUGUUGUGGAAUAUUUAGAUAUACAAUGUGGAACAAACAUGCGUCUCUGACGUCUAGAAUAAGGAAUCACGUCAGCUCUAUUCAUUACAUUUCUAUAUUAAACAUUCCACAAUGUUUGACUACUAAACGUGGCCCUGGGUCAAGUUCUGUAGGCAUGACAUGGAGAAACUUUUUUUAGUAGUAGUAGUAGUAGUGGUGGUAUUUCUCGAACACUUUGUUUUCUAUUUGAAAAUCUUUUAUAUUUCCGCUCACUGAAUGCGGCUCAGAACUCGAUUAAUCAUGGCAAUUGGAUCUCUUUCAGUAAGGCCCAAGUUUUCAAAAAGUGCUCUGCAACGGGACAUCAACUAAAUCAGAAUUUGUUUCUUCCACCCUGUUAGAGCUGAGAGAUUAGUUUGAUCAUAUGUGACCUUAAGUUGCCCUUUUGAACAUGACCCCUCUGUUUAUGUUAUGAUUUCAUAUUGUUUGAUAUGAUGCCCACAUUCAACACAUGUAAUGGAGACAAAUUAAUAUUCUUGGCUGAUCUUGUCAUAGUUUUUCAAACUGCUGAAUUUUGUACUCAAAGCUCCAAUCUGAUAUAGGCCUGUUUUAUUAUUGAGGCGGUGAUACAAUUCCUACAAGGAACAUAUUUAGUUUUUUUCUCUUUGUUUAAUAUUUUAAUAAACAAAUGUUUUUGUUCUAUA